AUGGAGCGCGUCAUCUCGCAGACACUCGCGUCCGCGCUGCCGACUUUGGACGAAGCGGUCGUCACGUACCUCACGAGCGUCCUCACGGACGAGCUCGCGGACGCCUCGUCUGUCACCCACGACUCGUCGACGCUCGAGGCGCUUCUCGUCACGCACGUCGCGCCGUUUCUAUGGAAUGAGCACUUUGUCUCGGACCCCGCGUCCGAAUCGCACUUCUGUGCCGCUCUUGCCGAUAAAUUACUUACCAGUACCGAACUUAAGCAGUACUUAACGACCACUGCCUUAGCCUCCUCCAAGUCGAAAGAGCUCCGUGUGCUGGAGAACACGCAGAGCAUUGAAGAACAGGCGCGAAGGGAUGGACAGAGCGGGGCAGGAGACGCCGAGCAGCUCCUGGAGCGCAUGUGGGGCUUUGACAAGAUCCGGAAGACCACGAACAACGAGCUGGACGCGCAGGAGUCGGCGCUCUCGGCCCGUCAAGUGCGGAAACAGGUGAAGCUGGAGCAGUUGACUGCGGAGCAGGCCGAAGAGCAGGCGGCGCUGGAUCGGGAGUGGGAAGACGCUCGGUUUUUGCCGGAUUUGAGCCAAGAUAACGGCGAAAAAGACGUGCACGUGCCUCGGUUGACGAUCCAUUUCAAGGGCAAGACGUUGUUGGUGGACACGGCGUUGAAGAUUGUUGCAGGGCGUCGGUAUGGCUUGGUGGGCAAAAACGGGGCCGGCAAAACGACCUUGUUGCGGUACAUUUCGCACUAUGAACUCGAAGGCUUUCCACGCCAUCUUCGGAUGCAAUUGGUGGAGCAAGAGUCGGCGUCCAAGUUGAGCAAAGACGAACGCAGCGUCUUGGACGUGGUGCUUGCUGCCGACUAUGAACGCACGUUGUUGUUGGAGGAAGAGAAGGAGCUGUCGAUGAGAGAGACGGAAGAAAAUGGGGAUCACAGUGCACGGCUGAAAGAGAUUUACGACCGGCUUGGCAAUAUUGACUCGGACACGGCGGAAUCGAGGGCUCGGUCGAUUCUGAGCGGACUGCAGUUUCCUGACCACGUGGUGGAUGGAUCUGCAAAGGCGCUUUCCGGUGGGUGGCGGAUGCGAACGGCACUUGCUGGUGCUCUGUUCAUGGCGCCUGAUCUGCUGCUGCUGGAUGAGCCGACAAACCAUUUGGAUCUUGAAGCGGUGAUUUGGCUGGAACAUUACCUAGAAAAGUAUGACAAGCAGAUCAUCGUCGUGUCGCACGACCGAAACUUUUUGAACGCCGUGACUACCGACAUUAUCCACUUGACGCGGCAAAAGCUCGUGUACUACAAGGGUGAUUACAAUGCGUUUGAAAACACGAUGAAGGAGAACUUGCGCCAGCAGCGAAAAGCCUAUGAUGCCCAGCAGAUGAAGAUCCAGCACAUGCAAGAGUUUAUUGAACGCUUCCGGGCUAAUGCGAAAAAGGCUCCGCUAGUGCAGUCGCGUGUUAAGGCACUGGACAAGAUCUUGCGCAAUGAGUUGAUUGACGAGCCCGAAGAUGAGCACGCUUUCCGGAUGAAUUUCCCGCCGCCAGAGCCGCUUGGUCGACCUAUCAUUGCAGUCGAAGACGUUGGCUUCCGGUAUACGCCAACAUCGCCUUUUCUGUUCAAAGACGUGCACAUGGGCAUCGACAUGUCGAGUCGCAUUGGUAUCCUCGGUGUGAACGGUUCCGGCAAGUCUACGCUCAUUAACGUCAUGAUCGGCAAGCUUCGUCCGACUGACGGAUCGGUCACUUUGAACCAGCGCCUGCGUGUGGCCACAUUUACUCAGCAUCACGUCGACUCGCUGGAUCUGUCCAAGUCUGCGGUGCAGAACAUGAAAGAGAUGUUCCCCGGUCAUGAGCCGGACGAGUUCCGUUCGCAUCUUGGUCGUUUUAAUCUCUCAGGAGAGCUGGCAAUCAAACCCACGCGUACGCUGUCCGGCGGUCAAAAGUCUCGUGUCGGUUUUGCACUCAUGACGUGGCGUUUGCCGCACGUCGUGGUACUCGAUGAGCCCACGAAUCACUUGGAUAUGGAGACAAUUGACGCUCUCAUCGAUGCUCUGCGCGAUUACAAGGGCGGUGUGGUGAUUGUUUCUCACGACCAGCACUUUGUCACGAGCGUGUGCGAAGAGCUGUGGGUGGUGGACGACCAGAAAGUGGCUCGCUUCCGCGGUACCAUGAGCGAGUACAAGAAUCACGUGCUGGUGAAGAAGUGA